AGAGUUUUUUAUGGAAUGUCAGAUGGGCUAAAUUCCGUUGUCGAUUUUGCGGGAAACGAUCAUAAUGCAGCGGAAGUCAAGCUCGUGAAACCCAGAGAUGAUGAUGCUCGUGUGGUUGUGUCAUCUCGCCAAACCGACCAAGCAUCUCCCGAUGACUUGGUCGCUCUUGCACAACAAUUAAGUGCAGCUAGUGGAUUAGUAAAAACAAGAGCUUGCGAUCGUCUGAGGGGUAUAGCUGAGCAAAUGGAGCAGUUGCAAAAGGCUGCCGUGAAGAUUCUAGAGGAAGCAAAACGAGAUGAAGAGUUGCACAGUGUGCCAUGUAACGUUCAGAAGCAUCCCGGGCGUGUCUACCAUCUGUACCGCAGAAGUGACGGCUCCAAGUACUUUUCGCUACUGUCGCCUGAGGAGUGGUCAAGAGACGACAAGACUAAAGAGUAUGUCGCUUCUUACCGUAUGGAAAUGGAUCGCAGUUUCACGCCAAUGGCUGAAGUUGCAAAAAGGGAUGCUCAGUUCCGAAGUUUGGAGGCCUUCCUCAAACAAUCCAAAUUCAAGAAUGAGUUCAACAUGGGCAUGAUUUUGAGCGCCGAACAAUCUGGCUCGUAAUUGUAUAUUGUACAGUCUGUUUUCUAGGUUUAUCAUUAUAGAAUUUUGUUGUGGAUCUGUUUAUAAUAAGAGGAGUAAAGUGUCAUUUAUGCAUGUACAAUAAAGC